AGGAUCGAGUUUGGAGGAGGGAGGGCAAAUUUCAGGCAUAUUAGCAUAGAGAGUCACCACGGGCUACAGUGGACAGACGGUUUUUCUCCCAGGACAUCUUGUGAAAUACUGAAAGAAAGCAGCAACGCAGUAAGAACAACAGCCAUGAAGUUCCAAGCUCUUUUCUUCCUCCUGCUCCUCACCUGCAUGUAUAUGAGUCUGGCACAAGGCUCAUAUGGCAACUGCUGCCUUGGCUAUGUGAAAAAUUUGAGAUCCAGAGCAAAGAAGAACAUUGAAAGUUUCAGGAUGCAGGAAACAGACGGGGACUGCAACCUUCGAGCUGUUGUGUUUCUGAUGAAGAAGAGGGCCAACCAAGCCAAACCGCCGACUGUUUGUGCCAAUCCAAACAAAAAAUGGGUUCAGGAUCUGAUAGAGACUGUGGAGGCAAAAGCGAAAGCGCAGAUUAUAUAAACCCCGAAAAGAAGAGAAACGAGAAGAAUGAGGCAAGCUGUCAGCCAUUAUCUAAAAUCUUUAAUUGGAUGGAUCAUGUUUCAGCACAUCUGUUCUUUCCUGUUGCUGACACAGAAUGUAAAUGUUCACAAGUCACUUAUUAGACUAACGUAGCAUAUAAUGCUAUAGCCAGUAUAACAACAAUCUUUUUUUUUUAUGAGCCAUUGCUAUAUUACUGUUCACUGCUCUAUGAUAUGUGAUAGAGCCUGCUAGGAAUGAGCCACUGCUUGGCAGCUUUGAUUUUUAUUUCCACACUUUGUUUGUGAGCACGUAUGUCAGUGUGUGUAAUGUGAAAAAAAACCCACUUCUGGGUAUAGGUGAGAGUCUUUUUUUUAUACGACAGAUUUUCAUAUUUUUGUAUCAGCAUUUUAAUUGUUCUUUGUGACUUUCUGUUUCCAAUAAAAACACAAAACAAACCAGA